GCAAAUGAAGAUCACCAGUUUCCUCAGUGAGAAUUUCUGAAUUGUUAAUGUGGUCAGAAACCAGCUAGAAUUAAUUUAGAUUAAUACUUAAAAGUCUUGUAUUUGGCAACGAAGUGUGUGACGCUGCGUCGAGCUUGCAGCGAGCAGAGUGAGGCGGAUUCUACCCCGCCAGUGCAUGGUUAGUUCCAGAUCCCUGAAACCCUGAGCCGGUUUCAGCUACAUUUGUUGCCACAUCACUGCCGGGUUAGAAGGUUGCAAGUGGAGGCUUUUACCCUUGAAGAUAUUGUACCCAGGAAACCCAUUUUACGGGACGUGAUUUAAUCCAAUAUCGGCAUGGACAAUCCCCUUCUGUCUGUCCCGUUACUCGCCGGCAGUUGCUUUGUUGAGACGCGAGGGGCGGUGCCUCUGGUCUGAUCGUCAAUUCCUCUGCCUCCAUCUCUGCCAGGAGCUGUGAAGACGAGGAGCAUGAUGGUGUGAUGGUCUGUUCUCUCUCGGGUCGUGACAUGGCCGAAGUUACCGGUGCAAGAGUAGAGCUGUUCUCACAACUUAUCCAGUGUCUCAACUGGCAAGGAAAUUCUCCCGAAUAAUACAGACUUCUGUGCAAUUGGCGGUCCCGCUUUGUUUUCCCUUCAUUGAUCGGGAUGACGCGAGCUGACUUGAAUCCCGAAUAUUCCCAAAAUUCAGAUACCUGGAGGGUUGGGGCGAAAAUCAAUUCGUAGAAAUGCACAGAGCACAGUUUGCUUUUCGAUUCGCCCGGAAUUACAUUUAAUUUAUUAGGAGCCGUUUGAUUGAGAAUAUAAAAGGCAUUUUGGGAGUCAGAAGAGAUGCUGAUUUAUAAUUAAUAUUUUAUUGCAGAGUAUUUAUGUUUAAUGGAAGAUUUUUAAAGCGGUUAUGUUUGCGUGGAGAUGUGAGACGGCGCCUUCAUUCUACACCCUGAGUAGGUUCCAGAUAGCGCCCACACGAUUUAUCUGAAUUGAUGCCAGGAAGAGAACCAUUCAUCGAACUGAAUUACAAACCAAAAUUAAAGCGGAAUUUAAGGGUUUGUAGUUUGAUUUCCUCCUGGCUUAUUAUUUGAGAGUUCUGAAGAAUUAAUUUAUUGUCAAUACAAACUCGUUAACUUUGUAAUUGUUAAUUGAGAAACAUGGACAAAAGGUGAAACCUUGCAGUGCAGACUAAGGUUGUGACGUUUAUAUUUAAAUUUUAACCUCGUGUCCAGUUGACAUUGUGUAUUUUGUCACUGUGUAAUCAACUCCAUAGUGGGCACCAGAAUGAAGGAAGUUUGCAGAAUUUGUGCCCGGGAGCUGUAUGGUAACCAGCGACGAUGGAUCUUUCACACGGCUUCCAAACUAAACCUACAGGUCAUUCUAUCCCACGUACUGGGCAAAGAGAUAUCCCGAGAUGGAAAGGCAGAAUUUGCUUGCAGCAAGUGUGCUUUCAUGUUGGACCGCAUCUACAGAUUUGAUACAGUCAUUGCAAGGAUUGAGGCUCUGUCCAUUGAGCGUUUACAGAAGUUGCUUGUGGAGAAGGAUCGGAUCAAGCACUGUGUUGCCAGCCUUUAUCGUAAAACCAAUGAAGAACCAAGUAUUGACAUCAAAGGGGAGGAUGUUGCAGUGGACAUUUCAAACCUACCUGAUGUCCGAUAUCAUGCUCUACUGCAGGAUGAUUUUGUCUACUCUGGGUAUGAAUCGUGGACAGAACAUGGGGAGGAAGCUGUAGAAACUCACAGCUGCCAGACUUCGGAGAGCUCAACCUUCAAAUCCCGAAAAUGUCGCAGCUGCUCAGCCUUGCGUGUGACUGAUGCAGACUAUGAGGCAGUUUGUAGGGUCCCUCGGAAGUUGGCAAAGACUUGUGAUCUAUAUGCCAGGUGUGGAAGUAGUGCAGUGGGCAGUGUAACUGCUGAGGAAGGACUCGUGCUGCCAGUCAUUCAUGAAACUAUGUCCAUCGGACCAAGUGAAUCUAGGACUUCUGUCUAUGCUGACUCUCUAGAUAAAAUGUCUCCAGCUUCUUCUGUGGAAUCUCUCGGAACAGCAACAGAGUCCUGUCCUGCACCCAGUAGAGAAGUGAUGCAAGGAGAAAAAAGUGCUAAAGAUGACAAAAGCCCCAAAUCAGACUUUUCUGAUGGACAAGUCCCAAAUCCCUCAUUGCACACCCAUAAGCUGGACUUUGUACUCAGUUUAGUGAGCAAUGUUGAAUACAGACCAGUACAGAGGCCAAAAGGCAGCAAGUUACCAAUUCCUGUUAGGACAACUCCUUUGGGCUCUCAAUCAAGUGGUAGUUUGGGUGAUGGGAUUUUCAGAUCUCACCUGCAAAACAGUGGUUAUGAAUUAAUCAGUAGGUACAUAGAACCUCCUAGGAUGAACCUGAACUUUGAUGAUAUGGCAGAUCUUGAGGACCUCCUGCAGGAUGUGCUUGAUGAAUAUAUUCCAAUUCGCACACAGAAUCUAAUUGAAGAACAGCAGCAGCAGUUGAACCAAUAUGAGUCGGCAGCUGGUCAGUGUGUCACCGAGUUACAGAAAGCUCAGGUCCAAGUACGUGGUUUGCAGGACAGAAUUCAAGAAUCAGAGUCUGCUAAUAAGAUGCUGCAGGAGAAUCUAAAUGAAAUGGAAAGUGAAUUGAAGGCAAUGCGCUAUGCAGCACAGAAGCAAGAAUGUGCUCAGCUGGGGCUGAAUGAGGCUUUGAAAAACAAAGAUAAGGAGAUCGAAGAGCUUUAUCGUGCACUCGAUGGCCACAUUGAGACACAGGCCAAGCUGAGGGAGAUGUUUCACAGAAGUCAGCUUGAGAAUCUGAAGCGUUGUUCAUCCUGUCAGAGUGUGGAUGGACAGUUGACAUCAUCGCAUGCCCAACAGGCUGAAUUGCUGAAACUACAGAGUACCUCCUUCUCCAAUCAGCUGGAACUACAGCGAAGCCUGAGGCUAAUACGCCAGAAGGAGUAUGAGUUGGCUGAAGUCAGGCGGAGGAAAGAACUGAUGGAAACUGAACUGCAGGAAAUGCAUCAGCAGAAGGAGGCUGCCAUCAAACACAAUAAAGAGCUGCGCAGCACACUGCAGCAGGUCCGACAGGAGAUGCGAGAGAAAGAGCAGCUCUAUCAAGCCUUGGAGGGAGAGCAUCAACGUGAAAUCCACAUCCAGGAGGAGAACCUCCUGUGUCUGAAAGAGAGGUUGCGUGAUAAAGAGCACUUCCUGCAGCAAUAUAUUGAACUCUUUGAAUGCCAGCAGAAUGAGGAGCAAAGUGAAGAAGAAAAAGAUGUACUGGUAGAUAAACUCUGGGAGUGUAUCAAAGAAAGAGAUAAAGCUUCAGAGCGAGCCAUUGAAGAGAAAUUCAGUUCCUUGGAAGAAAAAGAGAGUGAAAUCCAGCAACUGCACCUGGCUGUACGUGAAAAAGAAAGGGAUCUGGAGAGAUUCCGUCACAUCUUCUCCAACAAUGAAGAAACUAUCAAUAGUCUGGAUAGCCUUGUGAGAGAGAAGGACCUGGAGUUGGAGCAACUGGGAACAGCAUACAAGAACCUGCAAUGGCUAAAACAGGAGGUAGAAGAAAAGCUUGGCUGUUCCCUAAAAGAAAAAGAUGCAGUUAACAGCCAGCUCCAGACAGCUCUGCAGAAUCGUAAUAAGGAGGUAGAGGACCUGACUCUGAUGUUGAUGAACAAGGUUUGCUCUGGACCCGAUGAGAUGAUGGAGCAGCUAAGACUGCAGCUGCAGCUGAAGGAGCAAAUGCUGCAGGAGGUGCUUGCUGACAGAAGCAAAUUGGCAGCUGAUCACGAGCAAGAGGUAUCACAGCUGUUGCAGACUAUCAGCUCCCAUGAGCAGCAGAUGAAGCAGGCAGCAGAGAGGUUAACUCGUGCUCUUGCAGAGAAGAAACAUGAACUUCAAGCAUUGCGUCGCCAACUGGUGGAGAAGGAUCGGGAAAUAACAAAUUCCAUCAAGCAGAAUGUUUCUGCACCGGAGCUGCCAACAGAAAUUGCCCACCUCAAAGAACUUCUUCAGGAAAAGGAUCGGCUAAUUCAAGAAUUGGUGCAGAAUGGUCACAAGAAGAAUGAGUUCUCCCUCCAGCCUGAGAAGAUGGAAGCUUCUGAACCUACUGACACCCAACAGAAUACAAAUGAAAGGGAAGCUCUGCAGACAGCCUUGGAUGGAGAUGAAGCAAUGGCUGAGUCAGACCAAGAAGAUAUCGGGGAGGCUGAGCUGGACCUGAUGAAAGAGGAACUGCAGCUGGCCUUGAGGAAAGAGAAAGAGACCAGGCUUGAGCUGGCAACACUGCAAUCUGCCCUCUCCAGCCAGCAGCGAGAGUUCCAAUGUCAGGCAAUGGAGGUUGAAGUGCUCUCAAACAACAUUCAUGACAAGGAAGAACAUAUUAAGGAUCUGCAGAGACAGCUGGUACGGCUAAGGGAGACUCCAGAGGUGGAGAAGCUUACACAAGAGCUCCUGAUAUUGAGGGAUCAAGUGGCAGCCAUGGAAUUAUCUACACAGAGAAGUGUAGAGAAAAAACACAAUCAGCUGAUCUGUGCCCUUGAAGAGCAGUUCCUGGAGCAGUCACGACUGACCGAAGCACUUCGAGCUGAAAGACAACUCUACGUCAGCCUCGUUAAAUUCCACAAUCAAACUGACAGCACCAGCAGAGAAAAGACGCUCCAGACUGAGCUUUUGGCUGUACAGGCACUCCGUGGACAACUGGAAGAGGCCCUCAGGAGAACCCAGGAGCAGAUUGGCAGGCUGGAGAAGGAGCCUGAGAUGUCAGCAGAUUCUGGAGAGCACCAUAGUGAGAGUGCUGAGGAUAAUGGGAGCAUUCGGUGUACAGACAGCACCCAUUCAUUGAAUGAGCAUCCAACAACUGUGGAGCAGAGCCAGCAGUCUUUACAGAAAGCCUCAAGUGAUUCUGGAUUUAAAAGUUGCACUGGAGAAACUGACACCAGCGUCUUGUCUGACAAUUCAUUGGCCAUGAGUCCAGAGACCCUGGACAGUUUUGAGAAGAUGAAACUUGAAGUGCAGAGAUUGAGGGAGGAAAAGAAACUGAUGGAAAACAAGCUGAUGGAGCUGAAGACACAGAUUGAGACAUCAGUGCCUCAAAUGGACUCUUUACAAAAUCAGACUUUGGAUAAUGCUGAGCAGAAGAAGAGUGUGGAAGAGGAUCUGACACUGCCAGAGGGGGGGACGGACGCAAAGAAGGACAACCUUGAUGUGUGGGGCCUCAGAGAGGAGAUCAUAAAGUUAACUGUGAAAUUACAAAACUCGGAAACCAUCAUCAGUCUCCUGAAAGAACAGCUGGAGCUCAACUCUUCCCAGACUGGAGAAAAACCUUUCAAUCCAGAGCUCAUUGUAAAUAUGGCCAAAGAAAUUGAGCGACUAAAAUCAGAGCUUAGCCUGACUCAGAUGCAGCACUCGAAGGCAGACAUGCAACAGUAUGACAGAGGGACUAAGCGGGCCAGACCCCAUUCACUAGACCUUGGAGCUCUCUUGUCACAGGGUAAUAAUGAGACCCCAUGUGUGACUGAUGCUGUUCAACAGGUUGGAGUCAUUUUGCAAAGUGUCAGCCCGUGGCAUCAUGGCCAAUUUGGACAACAAUCCAAUCAGUUUCAGACCGAGCUAGCUGAGUAUAGACAACAGAACAAGGAAUUACAGGAGAAGCUUGUAGUGACCGAGGCCACUGUAAAGGCCCAAGACAACCAGUUGCAGCAGUACAAAGACCGACUCACUGAAUCAUCAGUGGAGCAGGACAAUAAACAAGUGCAAGUGGACUUGCAGGACCUUGGUUAUGAAACUUGUGGAAGAAGUGAAAAUGAAGCUGAAAGAGAAGAGGCCAGUAGCCCAGAGUACGGUGAAGUUGAUUUACAAGAACACUUGUACCCCUCCUCUAUGAAGAAAAUGAGCCAGCAACACUCUACCCAAGGGAAACCACGCUCCUCAGCCUCCCACCCUGUCUUUUCCCUUCCACUAUCAGUCAAGUCGUGCCUCAGGAGGGAGCUUACUUUUGAAGAUGAUGGGAAACUUAAUGACAUUGCCAUCCUCCAUCAACAUAUCAAUGACCUCAAAGCACAACUGACUGAAUCCGACAAGGUCAUCCGUAGCCUGCAGUCUCGUAUCCGUUCCUUCUCGACUACUAGUGAUUAUGCCUCCAGCCUAGAGAAACCUCAGAACAUUGUCCAAGGUGAUGUAUUUGAAGCAUUGCAGCUUGACGAGCUGGAAGAUGAUGAAGAUGUUUGGCAGUCUGAUGGAGGUGACCAUCACCAACCAAUGACACAGUCCAAUGCGGAAAUAAAGAAGCUCAUUCACAGGGUUACCACUCUCGAAUCACAGCUAAAGAGUGCGAAAAUGGCAGGUCCUUCAGCUAAAAUUGCCUCCUGGUCAGGGAAAUAUGACUGCUUGAUCCAGAUCCAGGCUCGAGAGCUCUCCCAUCUCCGUCAGAAGAUGCGCGAGGGCAGAGGUGUGUGCCACGUUCUGAAACAACACCUGAGCGACACCACCAAGUCCUUUGAGGAGUUGCUCAGAGCAAAUGAUAUUGAUUAUUAUAUGGGACAGAGCUUCCGAGAUCAGUUGGCCCAUGGAAGCCAACUGGUAGAGAGGAUCACUCAUAAACUAGCUGGUCGAGUCCCUUUGGAUAGUAGCAACAAAGGAAACCAGGAGCUAUUUGUUGCCAGACUAAACAAAGAACUUGAACAGAAAAACAAGCUCAUUGAAUCCCUAAGCUGCAAACUGCAGAGCCGGGCAGACACUGCAUCCAACAGCCACAUCCUCUCAGACUCCGAACAGUCUGACAGAGCAUCAUUUGUAUCGGAUGAGCAAGAGUCAACUAAUGAUGACCUGGAUGCUUAUCGUUAUGAAGUUGACUUGAGCAGUGAGUACUCGCAUGAUGAUCAGCAGAGUACAGAGCUUGAAGCACAAGCCACUGCAGAUGAUCAAAAUCAUUGUGAAAAUCCAUCCCAACAUUCAACUCUUGCAUCUGCUUCUUCAUGUGAAAGUCAACCAAAAGACAGUGCCAGCAUCUCACACUCACAGCAACCCUGUGAUACUGUUAAGUCACAAAAAGGUUUCUAUUCCAGCAGUGUACCACCAAGCCCUAAUGCCUGUCAGGCUUCAUAUUGUGCUGACUUCCCUUCUCAGUUUGGAAGCAUGCCCUUUGGGCCAGCUUACCCGACACCAUCAACAUUUUCUCUGGCCGAGGUCCAACAAGAACUUCACAUGUUACAAAGACAGCUGGGAGAAAACCUUACCUUUUCUGGGACUAGCCCUGGUAUGUCUUCACAUGUAGAACAAGCCGGCUCUGCAUCACAAUCACAGAAUGCACUUCGGCAGCAGCUGAAUGGUACCAACAAUCUACAGGGAACCUUGACAACCUCCAGUCUUGCCAGCACUGCACUCUGGGGAGCAACUGAUCAACCUGUGAGAAUCAAUGCACUUGGGGAUGUCUCCUCUGGAUCAUCAGGAUACCAGUCAGGGACAAACAUGGCGGGUGCAGAAUUGUUGGAGGAACAUUUUCGGGAAAUUCGCACCAUGCGUCGGCGUCUAGAGGAAUCUAUCCACACGAAUGAUAGACUCAGGGAGCAGCUUGAAAUGCGCCUGGCUACUGCAGCCAAAGAAAAUGUUGUUGCACCCACUAACAUCUAUAUCCAAGGACUAGAAACAAUGACUCAGUUGUCAGAAGAAAACCGAAUGCUGAGGGAUGAGAUCCUAACUCUCCAGGGCCGGCUUACUCAAGUAUCCAGAGAACAGGCCAAAGAAGUGGAACAAAUGAGGGAGACCCUUUUAACAACCAGGGCCAGAUACAAGCUCUUGGAGACUGAGCUAGAUCACUGGAGGGAAGAGAACAAGAGGUUGCAAGUCGAAGUCAGGGAUAGACAGCAGGAAACACUACAACUGAGAGAGGAGCAACAAUGCAGCCAAAACAAAAGCAAUAGGCUGUUACAGGAGAUGUCUAUGCUCCAACAGCAGCUUAAAGAAAGCCACCAGCUGACUCAUUCCCUGGAGUCACAGAUUAAAGUGUAUGAGAGGAUGUAUGGAAGAAAGAAAACUUUCCCAGUUUAUCCUGGAAGUGUUCAGCACCAUGCUGGUGGGCACCAUGCCUUUGAUAUCAGCGACUUCCUGACGGAAAUCAGAGGCCUUCGGAUUCAGCUGGAGCACAGUAUUCACACCAAUGGCUGCCUACGGAAGCAGCUGAAGGAACAGAUGGAUGAACAUCGACCAGCUAGCCUCAAUAUCAAUCAUUUGACCUCAUCAGCCAGUGAUCAUAGCAUCAGUAAACAGCUGUUCCAGGAUUGUGUGCCUUCACCACCUGUUCGAGACACUGGUAUGUUUUCAUCUUUCCAAAUGCACUCCAAGGUGAAUUCCUCUGUGGCAGAUUUUAAUAUGGAAGACACAUCACAGCGGAAUGAUGGUUAUCUCAGUGAUUCCAUGAGCCAGAUCUCCUGUUCCCUAACAGAUGACGAGCUUCCUGAUGGUUCCUUUGUCAAGAAAAAUGGAUCUCAUGUGAUUGGGCACAUUGAUGACUACAAUGCUCUCCAGCAACAGAUUAUGGAGGGCAGAAUGCUGGUUCAAAGGAUGGAGGCUAUUGUCCAAUCCUGUGUUAAUGCUGCCUUUCUGGAAAUUGAUGGAUCCAAGCAUUUGGAUCAUCAGACGGUCAAGCAGCUCUUCUCCAAUACCAAUACUCUGCGUCAGAUCUUGGAUGAAACCUGCUCGUUGCUAAAAAUGUUCUGGAGAACUGCUCUGCCAAAUCCAGACAGUGAUAUGCAAAAUCAAAAGGAGCAGUCAAUGAAGGAAGAAAUAUGCAGAUUGAGGAAUAAAAUAACAGAGCAGGAGAACCUAUUGCAGAAUGCAAUCAGUCGCCUGAAGGCUACUAACCAAGUGAAAGAAGGAAUGGAACAGUUCAUUGUCAGCCAACUUACAAGGACUCAUGAUGUUCUGAAAAAAGCAAGGAAUAAUUUGGAGUCCAUUCAGAUGAAUGAUUGCACAAUUUCUGGUGCUAAAACCAUCCCAAAUGACAACAAAGCAGAAAUCUCAAAACUUGGUUACAUCCAUCCCAGAGGCGGGAACUUCAUGAAUCCAAUUUAUCCUGAAGUUGAAGCAAGAAGCCUGGGUCUAAAUUCACUGCCUGGGAAGAUUAAAAGAAAUGGUCCCAACCUGGCUCCAGUAGGAAACAUUGCAAACUACUGAAGAAGUACUUUUCUUUCCCUCUCAAAACCAAAACUAAACAAUAAUGUUUUGAAUCUUGUUCAACAAAAAUAAUUUAGGACAACAUCUGAAAGCAAACGUAAAUUUGAUCUUUUGUGCAUUCAGAGAGAGAACUUCUGCAAAAGCCAAACCUAAUGGUGGCUCCCUGAUGAUCCUACAUAAAACAAUGAAAUGUUGACUGAAUUUUUGUUUUAUGUAUAAAUCUGAAGCAGGAAAUCUUUUGUUUUGGGUCAAACAUAUUUAUCAAAAGAUGCUGAUGUUUUUGGUCCUAGCAGUUUUACAGACUCGUUUAAAAUGCAAUAUUAAAGUUAUAGAGUUCAGUGUGAGAGAUUGCAUGUAAAAUUUAAUCAUGCUGUUUCAACACCAGAAAAAAACUCUAAAAUGUCAAGAGCAACAUUGAGUUGGUAUAGACGAAUAUAAAUGAGUUUAUUAUGGAAAAAAAAUCAAACACCACUUCCAGAAAUGUUUUGAGUCCAAUGAUAGCUUUGGUGAAUAGUGUCCUGCUAUUUGUAUUGUGCAAUUUAUAACAGAAAGAUGUAUCCUGGUCAUAACUGGAAAAAUUGAGCCUUAUAAAAUUUAGGGCAGAUUAGAAUGUUCACUAAACAGACAAAAAAAAUGGGUACGUGCAAUAAAUUUGCCAUUGAGGCCAAAGCUGUAAUAUUAGUUUAGCCAAACACUGGAAUAAGACAAAAAUCAAACUUAAAAACCAUCAAAGACAUUAUCUAGCAUCAUGACAUUAUUUCAGAGUUUUGAUUCAAAAAUGCAGUAUGGUGGGUGAGAGUACGGUACAGAGUUAAGACAAUGCUGGUGACUCUGUAUUUACUAUUGUACACUUAUUAGAAAUAGUGGGUAAGUUUAGUAGCACUAGCAUUGUUUUUGUCUGAGCUGUAUAUAUAGCAUGAUGGCAAACGUAUAGUAUAAGUGUAGGUUGUAUUUUAUAUAGAAUUCCUGCUGCUUGUUACAUAUAUUAUAGCAAAUACAUGCAAAUAAGGAUGUUUGAGUUAGGAAAAAAUGGCACAUGUGAAAAUGGCUAAUUAUUGUAAAGGUCAUUACAGUUUCCCCAGUGAACUUAAAAAUUUUCCCUAUUAAGAGUCAUAAUUGAAAAGUGUUCACUGAAUCAAGUAAGUUUUUAUAAUUGUCGUCAUUGAUUUCAUGGAAACUCAGAUUCAUUAUGUACUACCAAAGCUUUGAGCGGCAUGUGUUUUUCAUUAGUUUUGCAUGGUCAGUGCACAAUUAAGAAACUUUUAAAAAGCCAGGGAUCAAGUGGGAGUGGGCUUGUUUGUCAGGAAUUUCAUUUAGUAAAGGCCAGGAAUUCUUUUUAUGGUACAAGAAGAUAGAUAAUUGCUGAUCACUGAUGUUUGGCACAAACCAGAGGGUUCCUGUGUUGAAGCAAGUUUUGUAGCCUGCAAAGAUUUAACCUAUGAUGCAGCAGGUGCCCUUAUGGCAUUGUACACUGUAUAAAGCGUAUAUACUGAUCAAUAUUUAGUGUUUGUCCUUCAGGUGUACAUAUUCUCCCCUGUGUAUAUACAUUCAAUAAUAUGGUGGAUUAUAGCAUGCGUGUAUGGGUCAAUCCUGGGAAGUAAAGAUUGCAAUUCCUGGAUUGUUGUAAGAAAACUAUUCUGCAAAAACCUGAAGUUGUUUAUUUAACAUUUGAAAGAAUAGUUUGCUUUCUUUGUCCAAAAAAUAAAGACAUGAAAUAC